AUGGCAACCACCCUCAUCAGUGAUGCAGUCAAGACACUUGUCAUUGAUUAUCGGUAUCACACCAGAGAUCGUCUCUCACUCCUUCAAUUUUCUAGCAUGGGUCGUCGGGACGAGCCCAGUAGUCCUGCUUUGAGGCAGCGCUUGGCUACAGAGCGCUGGCUUGCCAAACCAGGAAUUCAAGACAGCCAAAAUAUGAAGGCAUGUCUUCGCAUGGCUCGAAUUCCUUCAGCAAUAGGGCAAAGAAAAUGCAAACUCAACCUCCCGCUGUGCAAAAAUCAUCCAUUCCAACCUCACCCAUUCCUGAUUCCCAGUCCGACUCUGAGGAACUGUCCUGCGAUGUUCGUUGCGACUACGACACCAAACAUGUACCUUUUCCUGCCCUUGGUUCACCCCCCCCUUGACUGGGAUAACAACGGCCAUGAUUUCGACAUUGAUUCCCAGUCAGCGCAUGAAGAACUGUCUGGUGAAUUCACUCACGACACCGAAGAACGCUCUGGUGACACCAGUUAUGACGCCGAUGGUUCUGUGCAUGACACCGAUGAUUCUGUGUGUUACGGUGCCAAUGAUUCUGUGCGUGACACUGAUGAUUCUGCGUGUUACAGCGCUGAUGAUUCUGUGCUCACCAUGGACAAUGACCUGCCAUGUCCCUGCGACACCCUCACCUUACAAGCACUUGAGACUCUUGUCGGGCAAUGGCGGAAGGAGUGGGGGUCAGAAAGUACGUGGAGUGACACAUAUGAAGAUGCCCUUGGAGAUGCUCGUGCAAAGGGGGGAUGUGCAAUAACGAUAUUCCUCGAUGAAUGUGCACAGCAUAUUUGGGAGGGGAGGAUCUUACUGGAUGGCAUCUGUGAUGUCGCACACACACAUUGCCCAUAUUGCAGGGAGUGGCUCAAGUAUGACACUAUCUUAUUGUAUGAUUUGCUUGUCAGUGUCGUGUCAGAGGUAAAGUUUUUUGAGGUAAAACUAGAUACAGGAUGUGACUAGUGUUAGUUUACCAAUGUAGCGCUUAUGAGCCCCUCAAAUGUCACUCAAACUGAACAAUUUAAUGAGGUGUGAAG